CGAGGGGUUAUCUCCUCUGAGUCAUAAAGUGGGAGGGCUUAUCUAAUCUGAGCCAUAGUGGCUCAUGUUACACUGGGGCGGCUUUAUGAGAUAUUAUUUUGUGGGAUGUUAUCGCUCAUGAACGCUUCAAAUUCGCAUGUCAUUGGAGAACCCAACCAUGUAGGCGUCUCAUUAAUAUGUAUUGACCAAUUGUCUAUAAAUGUAGUUUGUUUAUUUUCUAGGUCAGCAGUAGUGAUAUCAAAUAAAUCACGUGGUCUUCUGAAAGAGAAGUGACUCUCCUCCGCGUGGGUUCAGACGAGGCGACGCGGGCGGGAUAUCGGUUUACUGCGCCUGAACAUUUAUCAAUUACUGCUCAAGAUAUAUACACACUUUGGGUCCUCUUUUACCAGGAAACAACGUAGAUGUGGAGCGUGUGUGUGUGUGUGUGUGUGUGUGUGUGUGUGUGUGUGUGUGUGUGUGUGUGUGUGUGUGUGUGUGUGUGUGUGUGUGUGUGUGUGUGUGUGUGUGUGUGUGCCCGCGCAGUGCUGUCUUUUCCUGUGUUCAAAAGGAAGCACCUAUUAAUCUCUCCUUGACCCGAUGCCGUUUUCCACAAAGGUUAAGUAAAGGAGGCAUACAGUUUAGGAGAUUUGACUAUUCGUGGAGAACUUCCUCUAUAAACAGCUUGUGAUUCACACACAGGCCUUCUUAUUCCAAGUUUGUAUACCAGUUUCAAACUAUACUGGGCGGACUGGUCUGCCCAUCUCAUAUGAUUCGUUAGUUUAACUUUGUGACACCAGCGCGUUUUUGAAAGGUCGAGAUGUUUUCAACCAGAAGCUGGGAGCGGCCGCACAGAAGGAAAGCAGACGCUGGAACAAGACGCUGGAACAAGACGCUUUUUGGACACAGACCAUUACAGGACGCCCUCUCUACAAUAUCUACGGUGGCCUGUGUGGACACACUGGAGGGAGACAGUGAAGGACACGUCCGCUUCAAGACCCCCGAGGAAGCCCAGGCCGUCGUCAACGACCGCUCGGCCGUCGCCAAGGAACACGGCUGGACGCUGGAUCUGCUCUCCGGUGAUCAUGAGUAAAGGUAUUGGCAGAAGAUUUUGGUGGACCGCCAAGUGAAGUUGAACCGUCCGAGGGAAAAGAAACAAGGUACAGAAAAGGUGGGAGAAAAAUACAAAUAUGAACUCCAUGUCUGGUUGGAAAUGCAUGCAGGUGAUAUCUCCUUUAACACUCUCUAUUGUCGUUAUGUGUGUGUGUGUUAUACGGUGGGCAAUGGGAUUGUAUGGUGGGCAAAUGGGAUUCACCAAUAUGGCGGCUUGGAAUGUGCGUUCAAGGGGUGCAUCCAGCAAAAGUCUAGGUGGACACGCCCACUUGUGAUUUCACUUAGUGAUGGGUCGUUUGCAAAAUAAUCAGUUUGAAGGAACGACUCUUUAUGAAGAACGAACCGACUUGAUUCCACGUUUCAGUUCUCUCGUUCGUCUCUAUCGUUCGUUCUCCCAGACGCGACUCCCACUCGCUGACUCACUGGUCACUGUGUUAAGUUAGCAGAGCGGUGAAGAGGGACUGACCUGGGCAACAACAUCCCGAUUCUGAACAUGAUGCGCUCCUCAGCUGAAGGGAACUUAAUUGUAACGUUGUGUGUUGAUUGAGGACCGUUGAGGACCGUGCACGAUUGUUUGAGAACGAGGGAGAGGAGCUGAGUCUGAAUCAGCUGAGAACCGUGCAUUCCAUGGUUGACUGCUUCCGGAAACGCGACUGAACCAACGAUUCUGAACGAUUCUUCUUGGCGAACUGACCGACGUGGACUGAAUCAAGGAAAAUAAUCACGAAGUCCAUCACUAAUGUCCCUAAGACACAGGCAACGGCCGGUCUUCAAACGGCUUGUCAUGGCUAAUCACACUCACACCUGGUGGCACAAUACCACCCCUUUACCUGUUCACGGCAUCUUAAUAUUAAUACCUGUGCUUUAAAUACUUGACAUGUUGGCCAUGUUCUUGUAACAUCGUUUCAUAUUUCAACACAAACGUUUGACUUUUCUCCACACUAACAUACAUUUCUUCUAACAUAACUUCCUGUGCUGUCAAUCGUAGCUCAUCUCGAAGGCGGAGAAGAUCAUCAUGGCCCGAGCCUUUUUGUCAAAUGUUUUCCCAGUCGUACAUGUUGUGUGUAUAUAUAAGGUACAAGGCUGC